UGGCUGUGUUGUGAGGCGGUGUUGACGCAGCUGAGGCCGGUGAGUGUGAAGCGCUGACAGGACGCUGGAGGAGAGAAGCCGUCGGCGCACGGAGCCCAGUGAAGUGUGUCUGCAGCAGCGAGCAUAACACUGGAUUACCAUCACACAGAGGGCUCUCCAGAAGAGGGCAGCGUAAGACAGCGCGCAACUCCCAUCCCAUCAGGUCCUCGAACAGUCUCCGCUGUCAGGAUCACGCCUCUGACAACCAUGAAAGGCUCUCCUGACCUGAUUCCUUCCGCAGAUUUGGACCCCAGCAGAGUGUGCAAAGGGAAAGGAGUCGUGACUCUAAGAGCCACCCUCGUCCACAUAGAUGAUGAGGGCUGCAUCAGCGAAGAGCCAAAUGUCAUCACAACGCCAAGUGGCUGGACAAGCCAGAUUAAUGGAGACAGCUCUAAAGCAGGAUUGGCUGAGGGAGGCAGCAACAUCACAGCUGAUUUACCUCCUGUAAACAACACUCAGUGCCAGGUCAAUUCACCAGAGAGUAUAAAAGAGAAUCAAGCUCCAUCCUCCACUUACAGUCAGAACUGUUUCACACCGACCUCCAGCUCUGUUUAUCCCUGCACCAGCGCAGUGAACCCCACAAUCGUCCUGCUGCAACACAACAGAGAGCAGCAAAAGCAUCUUUCUCAUUUCAAAGACCCAACCCCAGAAAGAGACAAAAGCCCUGAUCCUGGGAGAGACUCGGUCAGUCCAGUCCCUGAUAUGGACUGGAAGAGGCUGCGGCUAUCACUGCACUCCCCUGUCCUCGGUCCUCUCAACAAGCCCAUUGUGCCCGUACGGAACACUGAGAAGUCCAAAGACUGGUACAAGACAAUGUUCAAACAGAUACACAGAAUACCCGAGCCUAUUGAGGAAAAUCCUUACCGCCCCACCUACAUUUUCCCUGAGAACUAUGACAUUCAGAUGAAAUCAAAAGAUGAUGGUCACACUCCCUUUGGUUACUUGGAAGAUUUGAGAGCAGUCCCACGCUCAAAAAGUGAUGCAGAGGUCGAUUCAAGAGGCCGGUCGAUGCCUGUGCCAACACGGUCCUCUUCCCUCAAACCCUCUGCCAAAAGGAACGAGUGGGAGCCCCCGGAUAAAAAGGUAGACACCAGGAAGUACCGCGCUGAGCCCAAGAGCAUCUUUGAGUAUGAGCCGGGGAAAUCGUCGGUGCUGAAGCUGGAGAGAACGACUCAGGAUGUAAAUCCAGAAGAUGUAGAUUUAGAGAAUGAGCCUUGGUAUAAAUUCUUUUCAGAGAUGGAGUUUGACAAAGCGAGUGCCCCCUCUUUCAGCCCCCUGGAAACAGCCUCCGACCUGCAGCAGUACUCCUCAAGCAAGUCUGGACACAGCGAGGUGGAGAAGGACGGAGAAUCAUCCUCGAGCGAGCCUGGGGCUCCAGAAUGCGACCGCCAUGUUUACAAGAGUGUCCUGGAGGGCGGCGACAUUCCCUUACAAGGUCUGCGGGCCCUAAACAAGCGCCAAGCCAGCUCCUCCUCCUCUAAAGUGGAUUAUAAAGGUGGGAAUGGCUAUAUAAUUUCACCCUGCUCCUCUGUAAAUAGUCGAUCGGUUCUUGCCAGUAAUGCAAUAGGUAACCAGUGUAAGAGUAUGAAGCCUCUAUCUGCUGCCAAAGCCUGCAUACCCCAAAUCCUGCCCUCUAAGUUCAAGCCCAAGCUGCUGCCGCCCAGUGGUGACAGUCAGGAGAGCAGGACUAAAGCUGUCAGGCACCCAAAGGCCCACAGCUGUGAGGAUCUGUACACGGGGCCAUGUGACACAGACUUUGCUAGAGCAGAGGAAAGGGAGAUCGAGCAACAUUCAGACUCUAAGUCCAGCUGUGGCACCGAGUGUGCGGAUGGCCUCAGGAAUGUUUCCCCUGCAAUUAGGAGGAGCGCAUCUGAGUUUUCCAGCCUGUACAGGACCAUGCAUCACAUCCAGCGGCCCAGCUCGGCCGGCUGCAGUCCCAGCGGCAGCGUUCGCAGCCUGGCCUCUCUUUUUGAGAAGUCAAAGGCCGACGGGGGUGAAAGGUCAGAGGCAGAUGACGGGGGUAACAUUCCACGGGAUGCUGUGUCGUCACGGGUCAGCGAGUUUGAAAUGAUCAUUCAGCGGUCCAACUCGGCGCCCAGUCGCUCCUCCUCCCUCCCCACCCUGCACUCCAGCCAGGGCCACAGCCCCAACCACAGCCCCGCCCACCUCUACAUGGCGUCUGCAGUGUCAGCGGAGUCCCUUUUGGUAGCUGAUGCCACCCAGAUGGAUGCCUGCUCCCCAGUGGAGGCAGAGGGCAAGAGCUGUGGGGAGGAGGCCCUGACACCAGGCAGUGUGACAGUGGAGGAGGCUGCUUCCUCCUCAGAGGACAGACACAGUGUGAGGACUGAUUCACCCUGCAACACUGAGGCCGAGGUCGAGCAGAUCUUCAGCAAAAGUUCACCCGAACUGAUCCCUCAAAAUGUCAGUGGAUCAAAGAGUCCCUCAGUUCUGCUUACAGCUUCCCCAACACAACACAACCAUCUUCUCCACAACCACCACCACCACCUGCACCACCUGAACCAUCAACUCCUCCUCAAACCCAGCAAAUGCAAAGGCUCUUGCCCAGCCUCCUACACCCGCUUCACCACCAUCCUCAGGCACGAGAGGCAGCAGGCCACCCAACAGGAGAGGCCACCUCAGGAGAAGAAGACCACGCUUCCUGGGAACCUCUUCCUCAUGGGCCCUGCUCCUUUCAGAUUACGGAAAAACCUGCAGUCCCACCAAACUCGGAGGACUCUGUUAGCCACAAAGGUGACCACGGGCACCCAGAGGCCCUGCACUUUGUCUCCUGAGCCCAGACCUCUGAUCCCUCAGCGCCUGUCCUCCCUGGAGGUCCUGGAGAGGCUGAGUAAUGGAGAGGGGAGCAGCACUGACCACCUGAGUAACGGGCAGGGCUUGGACGCCAACGGGAACCUACUGCAGCCGCUGGCAGCUCACCGCAGAGACUCAUCCCCAGUUCUCGGGGAGAGCCAGGAUGAAGUGUUGCGAAGGCGUCAUGGAGACAAAGAGAAAAUCUUGGAGGAGCAGCGGCGGCUGAAGCGGGAACAGGAAGAGGCUGACACAGCGUCGAGGCGACACACAGGCAUUGUCCCGACGCACCACCAGUUCAUCACCAACGAGCGCUUCGGAGACCUGCUCAACAUCACAGAUAACACAGAGAAGAGGAAAUCAGGCGUAGAGAGAACUCCAGCCAUGGCUCGCUUCGACUUCAGAGCAGAAACUCUAAAGGAAUUACCGUUUCAGAAGGGAGACAUCGUCUACAUCAUUCGACAGGUGGAUCAAAACUGGUAUGAAGGGGAGCACCAUGGAAGAGUUGGCAUUUUCCCUCAAAGUUACGUUGAGCUCCUUCCCCCCACAGAGAAAGCCCAGCCAAAGAAAAGUGCUCCAGUGCAGGUACUGGAAUAUGGAGAGGCUAUCGCACGCUUCAACUUCAACGGGGACACAGUGGUGGAAAUGUCCUUCAGAAAGGGAGAGAGGAUCACGCUGAUUCGUAGAGUUGAUGAAAACUGGUAUGAAGGCAAAAUCUCAGGCACCAACCGCCAAGGCAUCUUCCCCGUCACCUACGUAGAAGUGAACAAGCGACCCCGCGUCAAAAAUGGGGUGGAGUAUCUCGACCCUCCUGUCAGCCAUUCGCCACAGCGCAGCACCAAUGCCUCUCCUCAGCUGUAUCGUAAUCGUCUGACCACCUCCCCCCUGCCCCUCCCUCGCUCCCCCCGCCGCUCCGUGUCCCCUGAGGUCCACGCUGUCUCCUCUGAGUGGAUCUCACUGACUGUGGGAGGAGGGAGCCCUCCUGCUGCGCCCACCCCUCCCCUGCCACCACUGCCCACAGUGUCCUACCGCUGUGGCGAGUACCUGCCCCCGCCCUACUCUGCCAGCCCCGUGCCUCCCAUCUCCGGCAGCCCGUACUGCAUCUCCCCCAUGGCUUCCCCAUCUGCCUCCCCUCUUCCCCCACCUUACCCACCCAGACCCAACUCAACCACUCCCUUCCUCACAUUCACCCCACCUCAGGGGGAGGACUUCCUGCGCUCUCCUCCCUCCACACGAAAGUCACACAGCCCCUCUGGGGGGCCAGUGCUCGAGGGCUGGGUGAGGGGGGAGAAGGAGAUGACAGAGGGUGAAGGCACAGAGGGGGACAGGGGCCACGCAGCCCCAGGCAGCAGGCGAUAUAGCCCUGCAGAGUUUGUGAAGAACGAGGCUGACCAUCAUGGACGGAGCUCCAGAAGCCCUGUGAUGCUGUUUGACAUCCAGGAUAACAACAAUGUUAACUCCUUUGCGGAGGCAGUGUGUAAUGAGAUCUUGAAUAUAGCUGAGACCUCGGUGAGGUACUGCAGCACCCUGUCCCACCACCCUAAUGACUCUGUCCAUAGACUGCACCCCCACCCCAGUAAACAAUCUCUCAUCAUUUCUCAGCAACCCAAGUCCCACAGCAGCAGCAGCCCGGAGCCGAACCGUCUACACUGUGGAAUUUUCCAGGCUCUGUACAGUUAUGUGCCGCAGAACGAAGACGAACUGGAGCUGCAGGAGGGAGAUCUUGUCAGCGUCAUGGAGAAGUGCGAUGACGGCUGGUUUGUUGGUACCUCAAAGAGGACAAAACAGUUUGGGACUUUCCCUGGGAAUUACGUGAAGGAGGUGAAACUGUAAAGAUAUCUAAUCCGGCUGUAACACAUGGUUGCCUGUCAAGCUUGGGAAGUCAUUACUAUCGCGCAUGGCUGUUGGUUAGCAUAGUCAUUUAGCCAGGCGAAUCCAUUUUGUCUGGGAAAGUGAUCGGUUCGGCCUGAGGUAUGUCAAACUGCACGAGAUGGAGACAGAGACAGCUCACUGCCCAAACCUCAGUAUGGUGUACACCUUGACCACAUAUUACACAACCCUUGACAGAAAUUGUCUGUCUCCACGUGUGGAAUUUCUCCACCACAAACUAGCUUUUAUUGUACAGAUAAUAGCUUCCAUCUUGUCCAUGUAAUUUUCAUUACACAAGUGUUUACGUAGUGUGGAGGCCGGCAGCAGAGCAGUGUAUGGAUUAGGGAGUGGAUCUUAUUACCUGAACUGGACUUGGGAGGAUUCAGAAUGUAUUUUUAUGGGAUGUGUGGUUGGAGCUGUUUGUCAUGAGCUACCUUUCAGGACCAGUGGUGUUUAUCAUGAUUAUUUAAGUACAAUGCAAACCAUGCAUCUCCUGAUUCAAAGACAUUAGACGUUGCUUUCAGAGUAAAACCUUUAGUGUUGGUUCAGCACACCAGACAGUAUGAAAUUUAAUGUGGUGGUUUAUCCUUGGACUCUGCUUCUCUUUUCUCAGUUUAGAUUUGAGAAACUGACUUAAAUUCAGUGCCCUCCAGAGUUUAAAUACUUUAACCCUUAAAUAUAAAGCCCCUUUAGAUACUGGUCUGACAUACCCGUUUUACUUUCUGCUACAUUUUCUGAAUCAUCAAAAAAUCAGUAUUUAAAGAACAUAACAGCAUUCACAACUCAGUGCCCGAAAGCUUUAGAUACCAGUUCAGUAUUGCCUUCAUUUUCUAUCAAAGGUUGUUAUACAACAGUUAUCACAAAGUCACAUGCAUGACAAGAGAUACUCAAAUGUUGAAGUGUGCUCUUAGCUUCUCUUUUUUCCCAGUAACCACAGCAAACACACGUACAGGACACGUGGACUGUGUUGCAUGUCUUUAAAGUGAAACCGUGUAUGUGCACAUCCUUUUUCUUCAGAAUCUAUUCAUUUGUCAUUUUACACCUCUUCUGUCAAAAGAGAAGUGUGUUUACUGAUGGAUGAUGCCUGUAAGGUAGCUGGUGGUAGACGCCUGGCUCCAGCGCAACCACAGGACAGGCGUGGUGGCACUUAACUUCCUGUUUAGUCAUAUAAGCAGAUCCCACCUAACAAGACAAUGGUAUAUUAAUCACAAAAAAAGCUAUUUAAUGUUUUAAGCAAAGCCAACAAGGUGUCUUAGAAUAUAAACAUGCUGAUUUUUAAGAGCGUAUUGAGAUUUUAACCGCACCCUCACUCACAAGAUUUUUUGUUUUAGCCAUGUAAAUGUGUACAGAAAACUUUAAGAGGCCUUCUAAAUAUGGCUACAUAUUUUCAUAUGUAAUGACUACAACUUGGGUGAUACACUCAGUGGAAUGAUUUAACAAUAAGGUCAGCAUUAGUACAGCAUGCACUGUAAUAUAAUAAGAGAUUGACAAGUCAAAUUGGAGCAUGAGAUGCUAUCAGCCUCAAUAUUUGCCACCUUUAGCUUAAAGCAAACAGCAGUGAUGACGGGGUUAACAGUCUGCUCUUUGAGCUUCAAUAGCUCCCUGAUGGAGGAUUGCUUUGAAUUCUGCUAUCAAAGCAUCACAGCCGUCUUCCCGCGAGUACAGAGCUCCCGCAUCUCCAGCACCAUCAGAUCCUGUAACAGACACCACAUGUCAGAAUAGAUCCUCCACACGCACAUACCGAAAGAUGAUAGCUAUUGUUUUUCUCCGCUUGUGUUUUCAUCAAAUUCCUCUUUGUCAUCAGCUGCUGCACUGUGCUCACCAGUCCUGAGCGGAGGUGUCAAAUAGUACUUGCAAAUAAUUCUUAGAGCUUGUUAUGACCUGCUUGUACUGGCAGAUGGAUGGGAGAUUGCUAAAGAAGUAUUUUAAAAUCACUUUUUUUUUUUACACAAGGUGGACUGAGGUGGUGAGCUAUCUGAUGCUCCAAGUAGCUGAACUCAGAUCCUUUUCCCUAUGAAUACACACAUUUCUAAUCAAACGGUGCCAGACUAUCAGUGUAUCACUCUCUAUAAUUGCCUGAGUACAGGAAAAAUUAGAACCGUAAUGUGAAGUGUUGAAAGAUGAAACAGUAGCUCUCACUAGAUCUAAAAGUGUAUGUUUACUAUAUCUUUGUUUUUUUUUAAUGUGUUAGCUGCAGUUGUGCAGUGAUGAUGAACAUUGACCUGAUUGGAUUGUGGUUUGAAGCUGUAUGUGGCUGCCACAUAUAUGAAGUUCAAUAACUGAUGAAGUGCAUUAAUUUAACAAGAUUCAGUAGCAAUCAGUGUUUCAUCCUCUCUGAUGUUUGCUGUUGGGACAAAAUCAGGUGUUUCCUCUGGCGCGGAUCACCACUGACAAUUUUGCCAACAUCAGCAAAGGGAAUGUUUUGUCAAGAUAAUACACUGCAUUAUGGGUUUGCCUGUAUAGCACUGAUAUAAUAUUCAGGUAUUUUGUUACACCACAAAGGCAUGUUUUCCCCUCCGCUGCUGGCUAAACAUUUCUGUCCCUGCGUAACUCCAGCUCCGCAUGAAUGUGCUGAUAGGUUGGGAGUCUGUUGGCCUGUUUCUUCCCUGACAGAACAAAAGGAGAGAGGUUUUUGCUCCACCUCAAACACACCACACGAUGGACAAAUAAACAAUCACUCGUUUAGCCAUAACACAACUCACUUUAGCUUGUUUCUGUGAUAUUGUGCUCUAGAAAACAUCACAGGAUGUAUGAAUGUAUGAAUAUAUGAAUGUGGCAAUGCACACACAAUAUGUAAAAAAAGAAAAGUCUGUAUUUUCAUCUUAAAGGAACAUGCAGACGAUCGAUCAGCAUGGCACAAGAAGGAUUGUAAAUAUGUAAAAUAAAAAUAAUAGACUGCGAGCGAGGGGAGCGUCAGAUUGAGCUCUCUGUCGCUUGCGGCGGUUUAUUUACCUGAAGGAUUUUUGGCAAAGCACAGAGUGGAGCGUUACUGAGCACAGGAUGUUUGGCGCAUAUGAACAUUACGCUGCCAUUUGUGACAUUCAUAAUGCCUUAUGUUAGAUGCAAAAUUGUGCCUCAUUUUCAUUUAAUUAUUUUGUUUUCCUUUGGAGUAUCACUGAAAUGUAUCCAUGACAUAUUUAAUGUAACCAUGGUUUUCCCAUUAGUCCUAGUGAUCUCUGUGAUGGGAGAACAUUUACUAAGAACUUGUCAGUUACUGUGCAAGUACCUAAAAGUGUGACACAAUGCUUUAACUUAAUGAUUAAUAAUCAUGAGAACGAGCUAGUUUGAUGAGACGCACAACCUGCAACAGGUUUUUGGUUUGUUUGCUUCAAUUUGCAGUGCUGUUACAUUGACAAUAUUAAAAUAAAGAUACUAUACACUGCUGUGACUUCGGUAUUAUGCAAUAUUUAAUAAACCAUUUAAACUA